GUACAAUUCUUUCUUUUAUACUUAUUCAACCUUAUUACUUAUUAGCUAUUACUCAGUUCUUUCGACAUGGCGGUUAUUAAGGCAGUUUUUGCUGUUGUACUAGUGGCGUUUGCUGUUGGGGCCUUUGCAAACGACCCUGACAUGCUUCAAGAUGUUUGUGUUGCUGAUCGUACUUCAGGAAUACUUGUAAACGGUUUCACCUGCAAAGCUAUCAGUACAAUAUCCUCAGGAGACUUCUUCUUCACUGGAAUCUCUCAACCAGGCCAAAUCACCAACAACAUCCUUGGGUCCAAAGUCACCGGGGCGAACGUCCAAGAUAUCCCAGGCCUCAACACCUUAGGAGUCUCGAUGGCUCGUAUCGACUUUGCUCCAUACGGUCUAAACCCACCUCACGUACACCCCCGUGCAACUGAAAUGAUUUUUGUUCUUGAGGGUGAAUUAUAUGUUGGUUUCAUAACCACCAACAAUAAGCUCAUUUCGAAGGUUGUUAAAGCCGGAGAAGUGUUUGUGUUCCCUAGAGGUUUGGCGCAUUUUCAGAAAAACAUGUUGAAAUAUCCAGCUGCUGUUUUAGGUGCCUUUAACAGCCAACUACCAGGCACACAACAGUUUGCAGCUGCUCUCUUUUCUUCCAGCCCUUCUGUGCCUAAUGAUGUCUUGGCUCAGGCCUUUAACAUUGACGAAAAGGACAUUGAGAAGAUCCGAGAUGGGCUUAACCCCUAGAACAAUGAAGGGUUUUUCCUUGGGGAUUAAAACAUGAACGUAAUUAAGUUCAUAAUUGAUUGAAUUGUUUUCUAUUAUUAAGUUAUAUCUUGUUUUUGGUUUUAUGUUUGGAAAAAUCAUUUCUAAUAAGUUAACAUUUGCGCGUUCUUCUUAAAAUAUGUCAAUCUUUCAAUUAACUAUGAAUAAGUUAACCUUGUAUCUACUUUUGCUAUAAAUGAGUUAAAUCACAAUGUCAUCCUAUCAAAAUGUGACAUGUAUCAUAAUUUCAACGUCAUUAACUCGUUCACAGCAGAAGUAGAUACAAGGUUAACUUAUUCUAAAAUAAUGAAAAGAUCGACUUGAGAAGAUCAACCAAAAGUUUACUUAUUAAAAACAAUUUCUCCUUUAUGUUUUAUAUUUUAUAUUAUUGAGACUAAUGUUUAUUCUU